CACAAAAAAAAGGUUUAUUUUAAAUUUAAUUUACUCUUCAAAUUUAAACCCAAAUCCAAACCAAUUAAAAUUAACUUAUCUAAUACUAUUCAACCCAACCCAACCCAACCCAAUCCAUUUUAACCAAACCCAACCCAACUCAUUCCCCUAAAUUUAACCCUAACCCUAACUCUAAUUCAUUUCUCCAUUCUAAUCACUCUCUCUCACCUUCUCAGAUCUCAGUUUUUGCCUCUGGUUUGUUGCUCACGAAUCUGCUUUGUUGCUCAUGAAUCUGCUCUACUCUUCAUGAACCCUUCUGCUCUGCUACUGCUCACGAAUCUGCUUUGCUCGUUGCUGCUCAUGAAUCUGCUUUGCUCUUCUGCUGCUCACGAGUCCUUUUGCUCUGUUGCUGCUCAUGAUCUGCUCUUCAUGAAACCCUUAUGCUCGUUGCUACUCACGAAUCUACUCUACUUUGCUGUUGCUCACGAAUCUGCUCUGCUGUGCUCUUCUGUUGCUCACGAGUCCUUGUGCUCUGUUGCUGCUCACAAUCUGCUCUUCAUGAACCCUUCUGCUCUGCUUUGCUAUUGCUCACGAAUCUGCUCUGCUGUGCUCUGCUUUGCUACUGCUUACGAGUCCUUUUCUCUUCACGAACCCUUCUACGUUGCUGCUGUUGGCUGUUGCUCACGAAUCCUUCUGCUUUACUGCUACCGAAAGCCAUCUACUCUGUAAAAGAUUUAGAAUUUGAUAUUUGGUGGGGAAUGGGGAUCCCAGUGAGGAACGGGGACGGGGGCAAAAUCUGCCUCCUGUCAAAAAUCCUCGCGGGAUCCCUGUCCCUG